AUGCCAGAGUCCACGGAACCCUUGGCGCAAGCCCGGCUUAACGCGGACAUUUCUUUGCUUCGAGGAGUCCCGGCCAGACGCUUCGUCCCUGGCGAGGGAACACAAGCCCAGGAACUACGAGUGAUGGCCGCUUUCAGGCUAGGAGCCAAACGAGAGGGCGGCGCUCCUCGUCCACUGAAAGUU